UUCUGUCGUCGGGUGCAGGAAGAGCAGUAGCAGGCUGACUUUCAUGACUUUCACUCUUUAAUAGGUUCUUAAUCCGUACUUUUUUUAUUCUUUGUGGCAUUUUUGUUAACGUUAUUUAUCCAAAUACCAGGAAUCGUGUUGUGUUUGUUUCUGUGUUGCUUAAGAAGGGCUUUCUGACGGAGAUGGACAUUUAUUACUGAACUCGCCCAUUGUGGUAUAUAUCAGAGGUUUGCAGGAGAUCAGCAUGGAGUCAAUACGUCUUGCUUCUCUGUGUAUCAUCAUUCUUUGCCUGGUGAGGAGAAGCACAGCAGAACCACCAAAAAUACCAGACCACAUCCAGCCUACUGACAGGUUUUCAGAGUUUUGUAUGAUUGAUAAGGUCCUGUGUCAGGAUGAGAAUGCUGUGCUGAGUUUCGCGGCCAUCAGAAGCAUCCACAAGGAUAUGGAUGAUGACGCAAAUGGCAGUGUGGAUGUGACGGAGACAGAUGGGUUUCUCAGAGAGGAUCUGAAGUAUCAUGAUCCCAAGGCAAAACACAAGAGUUUCCAUGGAGCUGACCUGCAGAUUACUGUGGAGGACAUGUGGAACUCCUGGAAGGCCAGUCGAGCGUAUGCAUGGAUGGUGGAUCAAGUGGAAGUUUGGCUAACUGAUCAUGUGAAACUGCCACAAUAUGUCGACUCCUUCAGGAAGAAUAAGAUUACUGGCCAAACCUUGCCCAGACUGGCUGUGAAAAAUGCCACCCUGACGCUGUCCGUGUUGAAGAUCCUGGACCGCAGUCAUGCUCAGAAACUGCAACUUAAAGCUCUGGAGAUAGUCCUGUUCGACCAAGAGUUGAACUGGUACAGCCAGUUGAAAGACUUGGUGCUGGUGGUGUCCAUUGUAAUCGGUGUAGCAGGCUGCUGGUUUGCCUACAUCCAGAACCGCAACUCGAGGGAUCACAUGGGCAAGAUGAUGAAAGACCUGGAGGGACUGCAGAGAGCAGAGCAGAGUCUUCUGGACCUUCAGCAAAAGCUCCAGAUAGAGCAGGACAAGCAACGCUCAGUGGAGGUGGAGAAGGUGAAUCUGGAGCAGAAGUUGCGAGAUGAGAUUAAUGAGGCUAAAAUUGAGGCUCAGAGACUCAAAAACCUGCGUGAGGGCACAGAGAACGAACUGAGCUGUCAAAAAUAUGCAGAGGAGGAACUUGAGCAGGUGCGCACAGCUUUAAAGAAGGCAGAGAAGGAGCUGGAGUCGAGGUCCUGGUCUCCACCUGAAUUUCUGCAGAAGUGGCUGCAGGUCACACAUGAGGUGGAGGUGCAGUACUACAACAUAAAGAAACAGAAUGCUGAGAAACAGCUUCUGCUGGCUAAGGAUGGGGCAGAGAAGAUAAAGAAGAAGAGAGGCACAUUGUUUGGGACGUUCCACUUGGCUCACAGCUCCUCACUGGAUGACGUCGAUCACAAAAUCUUGUCAGCCAAACAGGCUUUAGGGGAGGUAACAGCGGCUCUGAGGGAGAAGCUGCAUCGCUGGCAGCAGAUCGAGUCUCUCACAGGUUUGAGCCUUGUAAAUAAUCCAGGCCUGUCCUAUCUGGCCUCAGCCCUCAAUCUGGACCCUGCCUGUCUGGGGAUCCGAACUGCCCCUCCACAGCACCUGCUGCUUUCUGACGAUCUGGAUGACAUGGACGAGGACAUCCUGUCCCCUGGAACUCUUCGCUAUGCCGCAUGGCAGAUGGACCGGCGUGUGAGCGACCUUUGGCCUGUGGCUUCAGAGAGCCUAUGGAAACAUUCUGCUCCCAGUGCGAUGGCGGUGCGGCCACAUCACGCUGACCCUGCGCUGAGCUUUCAGAGGGAGCUGAACCACUCGGACUCGGAUUCGUCUCUGUCUCUGUGUCAGUACAGCGAGGUUCAACGUGGUACAUCCACAGCGCUGGGCAGUAGAUCCCCUCUCUCCCGACCUAACGGGGCGGGAUACGCGUCGACAGACAGUCCCAUCUUCCCAAAGAGGUCCUUUGGGAUGGAGAAGUGUGCCAGUUUGGGAGAGAUCCACACCCAGAACAGCGGCCUGAGCUCAGCCGCAUCCACACGCUCGCUCAGCACUUCACCAGUAGAUACAGACAGACCUGCAGAAGGGAAGAGCAGCAGAGGCAAGAAGAGCCCAGGGGACGAGGACAGUGGCUCCACAGGGGAGGACGCUGAUGUGUCCAGCUCCAGCCGCAAGAAGCACACCUUCACCAGACUCUUUCAUAAGCAGAAGCAGAAGAAACAGUAGUGAUGCAGUGAAAGAGUAAAAAGAUUUAAAUCUACUUCACAUUCAGAGAUAUUGUAUAUUCUAGAAAUAUCAUUACUGUUGCAAUAGGUACAAGGGAACAUCUACUGUAUGAUUAUUUUGUUUUUAAUGACUUGGUUUAUAUAGUGAUUGUCAUCUAAUGGGAACAAAAGUAUUAUUCUUGUGCAGAAAUGUGUGAUUUUCCUGUCAAAUAAUUUAUUUUACAGAUAUGGAUACUUUCUAUAUGGUCACCCAAUUUCUAUCCUGAAUAUUUGUUUUGUUUUUCUUUUAUUACAAGCUACAUGUGCCGUGUGUCUACAGGACUGGAUACAGUAAAGAGAUGCUAAGUGUGGAUAAGAGUAGAAAUGUGCAUUAGAGUAGUUUUACUCUUUUACAUUACAUUUUAAAGACCCUGAUGACAUGCACAGAUAAACUACAACAAUCUGUGCAUUCGGUGUAUGUUUUAUUCUAUGUCGUUAUGUAUUUAUAUUUUCAUGUUUAUACCAGAUAUAUAUGAGCACCGAAUACUGAAACCAGAUGAAAAUGUUAGACUGCUCUAUUUUUGUUAAAUGCACAAGCACAAAUAUUCUACAACACUUCAUAUGUGUACUAAGUUUUAUUUUCUUUUUGUUUGGUGUGAGGAAGCCUGCUCAUGGUAGUGUAAACUCUGUGUAAACUCCUGUUCUUGGCUGACAGGAGUGGAGCCUGUUACAACAGCAUGAGUUGUGCAUGCUCAGCACAGUUGAAAAGAGUGAUUGAGUUAACGUUGCCUUCCUGUCAGCUCGACUGUCUCCUUUCACCUCUUGCAGAACAACUAAUUGCUGGAUGUUGUGUAUAAAAUCAGUAGACUGUUGUGUGAGAAUCCCAGGAAAACAGCCGGCCCUGAAAUACUCAAAUCAACCUGUCUGUUACCUGCAACCAUGCCACGGACGGAGGUCAGAUUUUUCUCCAUUCUGAUGAUUUAAGUUAACAUUAACCGAAGCCUUUCAUCUGAGUCUGUAUGAUUUAAUGUAAUGCCUUGUUACAUUUGCUCAUUGAUCAUUUACAGCUUUAGCAGAUGCCCUAAUUUAGAGCGACCCUUUUUUUUAAGCUCAUUUGGUACAACUGAGCAAUUCAGGGUUAAGGGCCUUGCCCAGAGGCCCAGCAAUAGUAGCUUGGUGGACCUAGGAUUCAAGCUUACAACCUUCCAAUUAAUAGACCAACAACUUAACCACUAGGCUUCCACAUCUCUAGUCACCUUGUUACCACCUGAUUGGCUGAUGAGAUAACUGCAUGAAUCAACAGGGAUACAGGAGUUCCUUUUAAAAUGAUCUUGAAGACAUUUCUCUGACGUGGAAACGGAUCAGGGAAGCCUGUUUACUUCAAACUCAAUUCUAAUAGGAUUUUUUAAUUUCCUUCAGUGAAUAUUUAAAAUAAAUGACUAUACAAUAUAAACCACAAUGCAAACUCUAAUAUAACAGUAAAGUAACAGUAAAUGUCCCAUACACAGUGCGUUUCGAGUGAAUCGGUUUUCUGUUCAGGGAUAUGUGUUGAAAUUCUCACCCAUGAUAACUGCACACACAUGGUGUAGCUUCAGCAGGUGAUCAGGUUGAUAAACACCAGAGUAUUUAAGUUUUUAAGAGGACGGAGGUACAUUUAGAGGCAGAUUUAUCAACCCUUCACAUCACACCUUUCUAAAUCUGAAUUAAAAUGUAUAAUAUAAUAAAUCUAUUUAUUAAUCUAUUUAACUCUAGGUAAAGUAAAAUGCACUUGUAGUAAAAUUAUGUAGAUAAAAGAGUGUGUGUUUGAAGGAAAAAGGAAAUUUGAGAUAUGGAGCAUUAUGAUUUGCAUAAAAGGUCAUGGUUUCCAUGAGGUUCAUCCUUUCCAUUAAAGUUCAGAUGGCGCUCCAGUGGAUUACAUGAAUCAUCAGGAUUUACAAUUUAGUCCAAGCAAAUAGCAAAAAAGUGUAACUUAAAUUCAUGUUAACAUUUCAAAUAUUAUCACUUGUUACUGCCAGUAAGAAAUGUAAUUAUCAAAAUAUAAAAUUGUGCAUAAAAUAUAAAAUCUAUAUAUACACAGUUAAGAAGAUUGUUGUUGACUUUUUCACCUUUAAAUUGAGCAGCUAGCCAAGUAAUUGUAAGAAAGUGAGCUGGCAGGUUUUUCCAUAGAGAACACAUACAUAUAUUCCUUCACCUGGCAUCUGGAGUGGACAUGUUUAAACGUGCCUUUGCAUCUGUCCUACCCAGUCCUUCAUGUAAUCAGACUGGCUUGAUCAAGCUGUAUCUUGUUGCUCAGACGUACUUUUUUCUUUUUUUAUAUCUUCUGUAUGCUGCACUCUGUCUGACAGCCAACUACUCAUAUCAGGUUAAUACUUUAAUUAGCCAAAUCCUUUAAUUGUCUUCAACUUUAUUAAGUAUUUAUGUUAGUAUAUUCUAGUUUAAAUAUUAAGUUAUACAAAUAUUUAUAGCAAUGUUUUAGAGCAGUUCACAAAAUGUAAAAACUGUACGAUCCAGAAUUAGUUCUCAGGCCCUUCUGGAAAAUAGCAUGAGUGUAGCAGUACAUCUGGUUUACUGGGACAUGGUCGUUACUCUGUAGCUGAGUGGAAAUCUUUCCUGACUGACGCAUGCUCCAAAUCCGCAAGAAGGAAUCAGUGCCGCAUAAAUGCCAGAGGCAAAGUUUUGACCUACAGUCUGCACACAAUGACAGCUUGUUUGCAUGGAGUCUGAUGUAACACCACACUUAAGGUGGCGCUCUGCUCUGUGCAGCUCAUCGUAAAUCCAGAGAUUUCUCUGAGGCGAGACGCUCCAGAUAAGCCGAAUUUAGGGGUUACCCAUGGUUCGGAGUAAACAGACAAGAAGUCUGUGGAAAAGCCGAUGUAUCUUAUGCUGGGGAUGUGAACUCAGUGAAUGUCACUUCCCAGUGUUUUAAGUUUAAUUUUUAUCAUUUAAAACACCAACUGGUAUGUUUUUAUUUCACAGCUACACUCUCUGUACUGAAGUAGUUAUUAUUUACUAAAGCUGUGAAAUACAGGUUAUUUAUCAGACAUCAUGAGCUUGUAUCAGUGAGCAUAAAUCUCUGAAAUAAAUAAUGAUCGUAUAAUCAAUGUGUCUCCUUUAACACCUUACAAAAAGGCUUUGGGGGGGAAAAGAAACUGAAUAAAUUGCAUGUUGUUCUACUCAA